GUGCCUGGCAGAAUGAGCAGCAGCUAACAGGAUAGCAUGAGGUGUCACUGCUUCUAGGGGUCUCAGCUGCUUCUGGAUUGCAGGUCCCUACAAUAAUCUGCAGUUGUGGAUUCCUAUUUUUUUAGAAAAUCACAUGGAUUUUACUGGAUUGUAAUGUGCAUCUGAUGUCCAGGAUCUGGGGGUCUCCUGCUGAGAGAUGGGGAAACUUUAUUCCAAACAUGCUGCAGUUUGCAAACCCAGAGAGAGCCCUGAAGGUGACAGCUUUGCAGUAAAUGCUUGCUUGGCCCGGAAAGGCAUAGAAGAAUGGAUUGCUAAACAGAAGUCGUCAAAUAUUCCCAAUCACAAAAUUGGGUUUAAGAGGGAUCCAUCAGGGGAUAUCUGUAAAGAGAACAUAGGUGAUGAACAUUUUCGUUUGGAAGUUGCUCUCCCACCUGAGAAAAGUGAAGGUCUUUUUACCUGCGAAGAAAAGAAGACAGGAGACAAAGACUCAGAUGGACGGGCAAAAAAACAGCUGAAAUUUGAAGAACUUCAGUGUGAUGUUUCGGUGGAAGAAGAUAACCGCCAAGAGUGGACGUUCACCUUGUAUGACUUCGACAACAGUGGAAGAGUAACCAGAGAGGACAUUACAAGUUUACUACACACCAUAUAUGAAGUAUUUGAUGCAUCGGUGAAUCAUUCCUCUAGCUCCAGUAAAACCCUUAGGGUCAAGCUAUCUGUGGCGCCAGAUGCCACUCUGAAGAAGAGGACUGUAUUGCUCAAUCACACAGAGAUACAGAAUGGAAGAUACAGAACUGAAAGCAAAGUUAAUGAAGAUCUUAAGAAACAGCGUAGUUCUUCACGACAUAACCCAGCUGAAAAUGAAACAGAACAGACAGAAUGUCUCCGGCAGUGUGUGGAUGAGAACAUUGAACGGAGAAACCACUACUUGGAUCUUGCUGGAAUUGAAAACUACACAUCAAGAUUUGGGCCAGGCUCUUCUGCAGCACCUGAAAAACCAGAUUCACAUACAAGAGCUUCUAAUCAAAUGAGGUCUCGUUCUCAUGAACCAGAAACUCUGCAUUUACACCAGAGAAGAUCUCAAGCGUUGGAUGCUGGACAUUUCAAUCUAUUAGACCCUUCUCAUCCAAAGAUGGUAGAACUUCAAAGGCAACGAGGUCAAGAAUCUAACAGACAUUCUGUCAGAAGUCCUAAAGCCUCAAAUAAGAGUGGAACAGCAUUAAAUGGUCAGCCAGGAAGGACAACAAGGAGCAAACCCAUCCAUGGUGUGCAAAUUCCUGUGACUUCCCCAACUGCACUUAUGGGCCAGAGCUAUCCUUACCACCAUUUACCACCUCAACAACCUCAUAGAAGGAGCAAGCAGAAAACCAAGGAAGGCCACCAGAUGUGCAAAGCUUUCCAGUCACCUAUUAACGUAGUGGAAAAAGAGCAUGUGAGGGAUUUACCAAGCAUGCUAAUGUACGAUGGCCAUAGUGGACACUUGAUACAAAGACAUGAGCAUCAUCAUCACCAUGAGCAUCACCACCACUAUCAUCAUUUCUACCAAACAUAAUUUGGACCAUUUAUUCCGCAUCUUAAGAAGAACUCCAGAAUUUGGUGCCUGUUCUGAAAAGGAAGUUGCUUUGUUCGGAACAAAUUUGUCUGACGUACAUUUCGUUAACAAAAUUAUUGUAAAAUGGCAAUGUGGACCCAAAAAACCCACUGGUGGAUAUGCCAAAUAUAUUUUGAACUCAAACUAGCACUUCUUAGAAUUUGGACCGGCCGUGGAAGAUUUGCAUUUAGUGGUGUUUUUUCAUCUAAUACUCGGACUGUUUGCACACACGCCUUUAACUAAUCGGUUUUGGACACCAGACAAUAAAUAACAAAAAUCCCCACAAACAGCACACUACCUCUAGUAUUAUUUUUAGUUUAAGGCGGGUAGACCUAAGUGAUAUAUGUCUAUAGGUUAAUUGUUUACCUUAUCCCUGUUUAGGAACACAGGAAAGCCAACAUUCUUCACUUUUCUAUACUGUAUCUAAAUCAUUGGUAAUAUUUAUAUGUACAGUAAUUUUAAGUUGUCUUUUUCACAUGGAGACUAAUGACAGGUAGAAGAAAUAAGAACUUAUGAUGUUUUAUAUUAUCAAUUUUCAAAGUGUGAGGUGUCUAAAGAGAGAUUAUCUGGGUAAAAGAAACCCUGUACCAUACGGCCUACCGGGUAUGCCUCAUUUAUUAGCUACAAGUAGAAAAAUCUUAGUCUAAAAGACUGCUGGUUUCUAUUGAAAAAUGAAUGUCCAUGGGCUCCUUGUAAUGGUUCAUUUUUUUUGCAGCUACACUACAGGUAAAAAUGGACACUUACAUAUCAGGUCCCUCAGUGAUAAAAGCUGAUCAUAUUGGCUACCAGUUAAGUAGGAUUUCAAUCUGGCCAUCUUUCUAGUUUUAAGAUCACAUCAUAACUUAGGCCCCACUUCCCAGCAUAAGGGAGCUCAUCACAUCGCUUUGCGUACUGUUUCUGGUGUUAUAAUAUUUGCAAGUGUAAAAGGCAACACCUCAAUUUUUCCCUAGGUUCUCCUCAACAGACAGAGAGUUUUUACUUCUUUUUUUUAUAUAUUUUUUUCCUUUAAGCCUUAUCAGGUAUAUAGUAUAAAUAUAUAUAAAGCUAUAUAAAAGUAUAUUAUAUAUACACUCAGGUACUUAUUUUGCGUUUAAACAAAUCUGUGGUUUGGUUAUUUGUAGCAGUCUGUUCUUUUUUAAUUAUUAUAAUUAUUAUUUUAUUUCAAAGAGUUUCUAUGUAUUAUAACAAAAUCUUGUGUUAAAAACAUUGUUGUUUUCGGGACAAAAUUACCAAUUUUUAAGGAAAAAAAGCUGAUGUGAAGGAGAAUAUUUAAUUUUUUUUUAUAAUCACCUUAAUGGAAAAUAAAGCAAAUCAUAGGACUGUCCCUGUUAUGCAGGUUACUGUCUUUCACACAGAAAUGGCUGGCUGUGGAAAUGCUAUUUUGUAAAGUGCAUCAAAAUAUGUGCAAAGUAAAAGCAGCCAUAUUUUUGGACUUAAUGAGUUAUGGGACUGCAAGCUGUCAAUUCACUAAGAACUAGUAACUUUUUUCUGGUCUUGGCAUCAGGCACACCAACAUUUUAAUGGAUUUUAAUGCCACUUCUUUCAUAUUCCCACUGAUGAUGUCACAUGCAGAGUGCACUAGAACUGGAGCUGACAUCUUUAAGACUGUUGCUUGGAUUGUUUCAUACUUCGCUCUUGUGUUUGUAAAAUAAAAAGGGUAAAAUUCCCUAUAAAAGUGUUACAUAACCAGUGAAACCUCUUUGAGCUAACCACUCCCAAUUGGAUUGAAAAAUGGUCUUAUGAUGGGGUUCUUCUCAAAGGAGAUACACAUUAUGCAUAACAUAUGGUGGAGCUGAAAAUCUGUCCCAGGGCAUUUGGUCUAGAUAAGAUAGUGGCCUUCUCAAAGUCUUUUGGAGAGGUUUCACUGUAUAUAUUAGCCUAGAUACUCUGUUUUCAGAUGAGUCCUGAAAUGAUGAAGGUAAAAGGACAUAUCUUCUUUUUAAAUCAGUAAACUUUCCCACAUUGUCAACCUUUUUCUAUUAUGGUGUUAAAAUAUUGAUGUUCUGGAGUACAUCCGGUAGUCCUACCUUAAAGUAUUGCCUAGUUUGUAUGUUACAAUUGCCAUAAUGUCCAGAAUAGUGCUAAAGGGGUUCUCUUUAUAGGGCUAUAGUAAGACAAAGUGUAGCACAUUCAUAGACGUGGGGUAAAUGAGUUUAUAUCCUACGUUAAAUGGACAAACAUUUUUGUAAACAUAACCCCCGGCAACCAUGCUUGCCAGAUCAGCAACAAAGUUACAGCAUGCCAGUUAUAUAUUAUUUAUAUGUUCUUUAAUAGAAUAAAGAUAAAACAUACAUAAAAUUUAAAACAUUGAGGUCCUUACUUCCUUAAAAAAAUAAAAUGUGUAACUUGUGGUGUAGUGCUACCCUUAUAUGCCAGAUGCUCAGUGGUUCAUUUAUGUUUCAUUGUCAUAAGGGAAGGUGCUUUUUAAACUUGGAAUAUGGUUAGCAAUGCAUGUUACCCUUGCUGCGGUGAAGUACCAGUAACCCUACUGCCUAUUUUAUACAGAAAGGGAUGCAUCCUUGGAGAGUUUGCAAGAUGUGUCCAAUCUAAAGAGAUGCCACAUACCAGAUUUUUUUUUUAUCAUGACCAUUUCUUCAACUGUAAUUUCAACUGGGAAUCCAUUUGCAAUCUGAAAACUCAGGUCUUGCUUGAGUGCAUCUUGCACUUUAUCCCUACCUGAGGGUUCCUAUACAAUAUCCAUAUUGCUGUCUUCAGGGUCUCCAUCUGGAAUAGUAUGGCCAUUGUAUGUUUUUGGCUCUUUGUUGGUGACUAUGAAAUUGGAAGGCUUGCUUGAGGUAGUUAUUUGAUCCUCAUAAAGUUAGGCUUUGAUUAUUAAAAAAAAAAAAAAACAUUGUAAAGUGAUCCCCCUCUAUAAAACUCUGUCCCUUCAAGAAACAGAUUUAAAUGAAUUCAAAGCAUCAAAUUAUUUUUGAGGGCCAUCCUUUAAGGACUCCAGUGUCACCUUUUGUAAAUUAUCCAAGAGUUGCGUUGGCAAUAUUAAAUUCUUAAAGUCUAGUAAGAUCAAAAAUGUUGGUGAAACAGUAAAUGCAAUUCUAUUGGGAUGUCAUGAAUUUUCUUUACAAAUAGGCUUUUUUCCUCUUCUUUUUUAUUUUAAUAAUGGUAAAUAUUAAUAUUAGUAGUAAUCCAUCCCUCUUGACCCCGGUUUUGUGGCUUUGGUCCAGGAUUGGUUUUGUCAUGCUAUGUAAUUGAGCACAACAUAAUACUUCGCCAAUCAUGAUGACUUAAAGAUGACCCUUUUGAGUUUCCUGUAUUAAGGAUUGGAGUAGUGAAAGUGUUUUAGGUGGCAAGCACUUAGAAAUUACUGCAUUUGUAUCUUUAAAAUAAAGGGUUUCUCUACUGUUGCGUCAGUAUGAAAAAGAAUAAACCUGUUUUAUAACAUAAAAAAUAUUUUCUAAUCUUGGGCAACCCCUUUAUAUUAUAGAUAAUUAUAUUCCCUUUCAAAAUAUCAAUGUUUCCAAGUAAGACAUAUAUCAUGGAGAUCUGAUGACAAAGGUGAUAGCAGAGAAGACCCUUAGAAAGUCUUCAAGGGGUAGGUUAUCAAUAUUUACAUAUUGAUGACCUAUCCUUAGAAUAGGUCCUUAAUAUGAGAAUGUUUGGGGUCUGACUCCCAGCACCCCCAUCAAUCAGCUGUUUUGAGGAGGCUGCAACAUCCUCGCAGCUCACCAACACAGCGAAGUACAUCGUAUAGUGGCUGUGCUUCGUAUUGCAGCCC